AUGGUGCUCACAGAGUACGUGGACCAGAGCAUGUUUGAGAACGCCAGUGCCAGCGCGGCGCCCACGCCACGGGCACAGCACGUCCCUGUCGCGGCGGGCAGCGUGCCCCAGCCCUGCCGGCCCGCUGGCACCCAGCACCUCCGCAACCUGGGCAAGGCCGUGGGCGCCAGGAUGAACGACCUGCUGCGCCGCAGGGAGCCGGCCGGCCUGCCCGGCGUAGGAGCCAUGGAAGUGAACGCCAGUGCGGGCGCCGUGCUGGGCGCGGGACAGCCGGCUGCUGAGGAUGGGUGAGUGUCCCUGCAGCGUGCACCCCGUGCCAGGGCCUUUCCCCGGCUGGAACCCCCGCCCCCCAUCACCAAGAAGCGGACGCCGCGUGCCCUGAAGACCCCCCAGGACAUGCUCAUCGCUCCGCAGGUGGAGGGGACCGGCACGAGGAGUGGCACCGAGGAGCCUCCCGAACCACCCACAGCCCACCCUGACCUGGCAGAGGAGCAGCUGGGGAUGGGAGACCCAUCUCCUCCAGAAUGCCCUGGGGUCCCCAGCGUGAUGGGCGCUCUAGAGCCCAGUGGGGACCAGCCUACCAGUGCCUUACCCGUGCCCGACCUCAUCCACAAGGGCAGCCGGGAGAGCCAGUGGCAAGUGGGUGACAGGGCCACUGAGAUGUCACCCAGCACAGAGAAGCCCUCACAGAGACCAGGGCUGGAGCACGAGCCACCAGGGAGCACAGGGCGGCCAGAACUACGUAGCCCUGGCUGGGAGGUGGAGGGGGCCCAUCCCGACCUACUGUCCUUUGAGUAGCAGUGGGUAGCUGUGACAGGGCCACCACGGGGGCUGGCUCUCCCAGGCUUGUCUCUCGUUGCCACUUGCCUUUUUUUGGGUGAUUAUUUUGGAAAGGGGGAAGCCUAAGGGUGGAAGGAGCCAUUGCUGCCCUGUGUGGGCUCUAGGGAGCCAUGACAGCCUGCUUCUCCCCAAAUUCCCAGGAGGGGCACAGCCUGUCCUGCCAUGGCUUCUGCAGCCCCAUUCUGGGCCUAUCCAUCCUGGCCAGUGCCAAGCUCCUGUCCUGCCACAGUGCCACUGCCACCCUGUCUGCAGCCAGGAGCCUUGCUGAACUGGGGACCUAGGUGUGCGUGGGGGUAGAAGUGCCAGCCUGCCCCAAACCCAUCGUCUCUGCUGGAGCGUGGGAUCCUGUGAGCAUCCUAAAAGCACCACACACUUCCUGUGUCUGCACUGGCUGCCUUGGUCCAGAGGAUUUCCCAGCUUCUGCCCUGGGCUUGCUGAGAUACCCCAUCCUGGGGUACC